AAAAGAUUCUGACGAUUAUAAAUGAUAAAUGCCAUUUUAUCAGGUGUUUGUUCUAGUUUAAUCGCAGUGAAUCAAGCGUAUUAAACGUUUUAUCUUUGUGAUUUGUAAAAGGAGGGGCAAGAAACGUGGUGGCGUUACGAGUGUGUCGAUCACGACUGCUGUGUGUGUCUUUGGGUCUCUCGGCCAACGCAGUCAACCCGGUGUUUAUAAAUAGAAGUGAACCCUUUUCUUUUUGUGUUUUCCCCCCUUCUUUUAAAUCUGUUUAUACUUCGAGGAAACGUCAACGCUCAAGAAAGAAGAAGAAGUGGAAAAAUAAUCAAAGCAAGGGACCUGGAUCUAUUCCAAUGGAAGUCCCGGCUAUGGAUGACUUGGAUGCCUUGUUGGCCGACUUGCAGACGACGCUGCACGCCAACGGCGCCAAUUUGAACGACGGCGAGGAAACUUGGGCCAACGAGAGCCAAGCCCAGCACGUGACGUCGCAGAGUUACCAGUACCAGCACGGCGACAUUGAUCACCAGGUGACGUAUGCCAAUCACGCCGAGGUGUUGGCCAGCAACAAUCAAAACGCGGCGGCGGCGCCGCAGCGCAACAUGCGCGAGUUGGACUCGUUGCUGGACGAUUUGAACCGUUCGCGCCUGUCGGCCGGCCCUUCCACCGGCUCGGUGGGACACAACAGCAGUGGCGGCAACAGCAACGAGGGUCGCCCGUCUGUCGAUGCCCUACUCAACGAGCUCUCCAACGCCGUUCACAAUUCGGCCAAUUAUAUCAGAAGUGAUGGAUCGAACAAAGGAAGCACUGGAGCCGCUUCUUCUGCUACCGAGGAACUCGAUGUUCUCAUGGCAUCCCUCUCCACUUUCAAGAAGGGCGGAGCGGCCGGUUCUCCGGAGCCAAUCGAGACGGCGUCGUUUUCAAAGAUCGGCGACGCCACCUACGCCAAACCUAACAAAGUCCAUCGAGCCAACCCCAAGGAUCAGUUGGAUUCGAUGCUCGGCAACCUACAGGCUGACAUGAACAAACAAGGUAUCUCCGCCACCACCAAAGGAUGUUGCACCGCCUGCGAGAAGCCCAUCGUCGGGCAGGUGGUGACGGCUCUUGGUAGGACGUGGCAUCCGGAGCACUUUGUCUGCUCCCACUGCCGCCAGGAGUUGGGAACGCAAAACUUUUUCGAACGCGACGGCCAGCCUUACUGUGAACCCGAUUAUCACCACCUCUUUUCGCCCCGUUGCGCUUAUUGCAACGGACCCAUUCUAGAUAAAUGCGUGACGGCGUUGGAUCAGACGUGGCAUCCGGAUCACUUUUUCUGCACCCAAUGCGGCUGCCAGUUUGGCGAGGAUGGAUUCCAGGAGAAGGAUGGCAAGCCCUACUGCAAGGAGGACUACCUGGCCAUGUUUGCCCUCAAGUGCAAAGGCUGUUCGACGGCCAUCACCGAGGGCUACAUCUCGGCUCUCAACGGCCAGUGGCAUCCCAAUUGUUUCGUCUGCAGGGAUUGCAACAUGCUGUUCCAGGGCGGAUCGUUCUUCGUUCACGAGGGUAUGCCCUACUGUGAGAUCCAUUACCACGCCAAGAGAGGUUCGCUCUGCGCCGGAUGCCACAAGCCGAUUACCGGUCGGUGCAUCACGGCGAUGUUCAAGAAGUUUCACCCGGAACACUUUGUCUGCUCCUAUUGCCUGAAACAGUUGAAGAAGGGCACGUUCAAAGAGCAAGGAGACAAGCCGUACUGCCACGGAUGUUUCGAGCGCCUAUUCGGAUGAAAAACCAAACAAUUCCGGAAGGGAAUGAAACAACAACAGCAAACAAUAAUGAUUUUGAAAAAUGAUUCAUUUCUUCUGUUUUUUAAUGAUUGGGAGGGGAAGUACAACUGACGACGGACUCCACGUUUACAAUGUAAUAACACAUGUGAAAAGAUAACCCCCCCCCCCCCACUCAAUCCACAUCGAAUUCUAUUUUUCAAUGUAAUCCCCGCCCGCCCACGCCCCCCAUGAAGGAAACCAGCGCAUAAAAAAGAAAAUGACACGCACACACAUUUUCUAUAUACUUACACUAUACUACAUUACAGUAUAAAUCUUUAUUCGAUUUCUACCAUAAAUAUUCUUAGGGCGACAUCCCAUGAAACCAAUUUUUUUCCUGGUUAAUCGGUUAACCAUUUCUUGGGGGGGUUUUCCAGCCAACGUCUUUUGCCUCUAUCGGCUCAUCUUUCAAAGUGGUUUAUCUAGUUUGUUUAGUUUUCAUUGGAUAAACCAAGUGGUGGGGGGAAAAAGGAAUUAAGUUUUAAACCUCCCUCCCGCUCCUAACGCUUGAUUCACCGCCGAGACGCACAAAAAACUACGCAAAACUAAUGAUGUUUUUUUUUUAAAUAGUAAAACUUAUACAAUAAAAAAAGUCAAAUAGAAAAUCGAAGUGGAAAACGAAAAUGGUAUGGCAUCAGCUAUUGCUGAUGAUGGCGCACACACGCAUCAAUAAAUAUGAUAGGAUCGAAUAUUGGUUCAACUUUUUUCUAUUUCCUUCCUCCGUCUCUUUCAAUUUAAUUAUUUGUAUUAAUUAAGAAUCUUUUGGGUUCGCUAUCGUGUUCGUCCGUCGUCAUUAAAACAACAACCAAUUUUCUGUGUACUUGUUUGUUUGUGUGUGUAUAAAAAAAUUUUAAUUCAAUUUCAA